AUGGAGAACAUCCCUCUUCCUACCCGUCCCCCCUCCAUGUUUUAUGGCCCUCACGUCGCCCAAUACAGUCCUUACCAGGACCCUACUUCCCCCGGCGUCUACCACUACGACGAGAACGGCAAUGCGUACACGGUCGCAAGGGAUCACCGCGUUGUUUGGGCACCCGAACACAAUGUCGAAUUGUAUCCAGAGAUGUGCGCGUUCGACGAGCCACCUCCUCCCGGUAUGCUACGAGGCAUAUUCCCGCCUCGCUCGCCCAUCUUCGAGGCGAAUAGGCUUAACAACCAGCCUUGUCUCGAGUGGAAUUGGAAAGCGAUCAAUGAGACAGGCCUCGGAUUACAAUGGAACUGGAAGCUCGGCAUGCAUCGUCUCCCGCCCGGGUACACUCCGCAGGACCUCACGCGGGAAUUAUUCAUGUCCCCCGACAUCCCGUUCAAAUAUCCUUUGGUCGAAAGGUGUGACGACGGCUUUACUCAGUUCCGAGUGCACGACAUCAUCAUGAUGGGUCAUGAUGACGCCAGGACCGAGAUCCUCGCGACCGGCGGUAUGGUCACGCUCGCCGCCCGGAAUGAUGAUCGCAUGUACGAGAUCUAUGCGUUCGGCCAAGGACUGUUCCACUGCAUGGCGAUGUUACGCUUGUGCAAGGAGCACACUCCUCGAAGUUGGUUCCCGCUUUGUGCCGGUUUAUACCGGAUCAACAUCAUAUACAAACGAUGGGAGAAACUUUGGCGGAUGACCAGAGAACAGUCGGCGAAGAAACUUCCCGCCUUCUCGGCGGAGACUCUGGCGACGUUCCGAGAAGAAUCGACUCGAGCGAACAAGAUGUGUCGAUGUCUACACAACGGUCUCAUGGGCGAGUGCAGCUAG